AUGUUUAUAUACAGGUAUUCUGUACCUUACAGCCGUCAGUUUCCAGUGGUUGCCUGGCAUCUCUAAACAGUAAUCAUGGUUAAAUUCGUGAAAACUUUGGAAGAGUUCAACAAAAUCCUGGGUGAAGCAGGAAACAAACUGGUGGUGGUGGACUUCACAGCUACGUGGUGUCCUCCCUGCCAAAUGAUCGGUCCAGUAUUUGAAAAACUGGCGGAAGAUUCUGCAAACAAAGAUGUGAUUUUCUUGAAGGUGGAUGUGGAUGACGCUUCAGAUGUGAGCCAGAGCUGCGGAAUCAAAGCCAUGCCUACAUUCCAAUUCUACAAAAAUGGAAAGAAAGUGGAUGAGUUUUGUGGCGCUGAUAAGAAUAAACUGGGGAAAAAAAUCGAACAGCUGAGGCAGUAGUCCUGCUGAUCAAUCCACACAUGACCACACUGCGCUGCUUCCUUCAGUGUUUGUAUGGACCACCCUUAAUAAUGGGCCACAAUUGGAUUAGAUCCUGAUUAGUGACAUUUUAUAACUGGGCCUUGACCAUAAAAUGUUCUGAAUGUUUUCAAAAAUGUGGAUUUAAUAAAUGAUGAAUCACCA